AUGGAGGCAGAAGAGCGAAAACUGAGCGGAGGUGGGGUGUCUGUGUCGGAGGCGAAGGAAGGACACAGGACGGAUGAUUCAGGAACCAAGCGUUUGGUUCGCGAUGAAGCCCUUAGUAGCAGGUAUAUCGCCUAUCUCCGAAGCAUCAAAGACAAUUGGUCGUCCUGCCACGCAGCUCGACUGCUAACUCCAGAGCUUUUGGUAUACAUACACCAGAGGUUUAUUAUGUUGUCGACGCCGCUGAAAGUCCGCGUGCUGACUUCGUUUCUCUACCUUCGACCAAGACUCCGCGAGUCAAGCAAAGACAUCUUAGGCGAAAUUUUAAAGGAAGCCGAGACCGACCCUAACGAAUGGGUGAAGAAGCUCAGUCGCAUCCUGGUUCCGUAUAUUUCCAGCGGCCGUGUGGACUUGCGCGAGACUGACACAGAGACUGCGUUUCGCAUCAUCAGUUUCUUGGACGAGCAACGAGCCCUGCAUCCUGAAGACGGCAACUACAAGCGAAAAGGUGGACUAGAAGAACAGCACUUGUGUGACCCAGAGUUUGAGUUCCCGAGUGCGGAAGCGGCGACGUUGGCAGCCUCGCGGACGUCAGAUUUGCCGGCACAGGAGCAGAUGCAGGCCCAGCUCGACAUACAGCAGCCUGCAACACUCGAGAUGAACUUGUUCACAGCUCGCGAGAACUUCGACGAUCUUAUGCGGGGGACUGUCAGACGAGGCAUGAAGCAGCUGCGGCGCGCGGCCGAGACCCAGCAGCAGCGCGAAGAAGCGGCGCUCCUCCGCCGACCCACGGGUCCGCAGAGUCUCGGGGAGUUCGGCCGGAGAGCACCGGACUAG